UCUGGACAUGCUGCCACACGCCAAAGGAGAGAUGGUGUUCGUGCGUCCAUGGCUGGCAGUGCCUCUCCAGCUCCACAGGGGCUCAUUGCAUGAGGCUGUGUCGCUGAGGGCGGUACCAACAUUUGGGGCAGGAAAGCGGGAGGCGUACAGCUUUGUUGACAUCAGGUCUGGCGAGGAGGACUGGUUCGCGCAGCUGAGGCUGGUCUUCAGCUGUACAGACGAACAUGGAGCAGAGCACAGAUGUGCGUUUGUGCGCUGGCUGUGCGAGGCCGAGGAGGGUGAGCUGCCCAUGCAGCGCUUGCGCUGGGCUACCACCACCUCACCCAGCGGUGCCACCAUCGCCUGGUAUGAUGUCAUAGACAUCUGCAGCAUCAGGGGCCCAGUGCUGCUUCAGGAAGACCCAACGGAGGAUGACCAUUUCUACUACAACAAGUAUGUGGGCAGAUGAUCAGCUCUUGAGCUCGCCUGUGCCAGUUGUGUUUGAUGCAGUGUAGAGUUCCCGUUCCUGUAAAGACAACUCUCUC